AUUACCGCCCGGCGCCGGCGGCCCCGCUGUCGCCGAGCCCGCUCCCUGCCCGAGAGCCGGGGACCGCCCGGCGGCAAAGGGCGGAGCGAUCCGGGGCCGGGGGCUGGGUCCGGCCGCCGCCGCCGGCUCAGGGCGCCUUCCCCGGACAUGUCCCCCAACUAUAUGCGGAGCUUCUCGGAGGGAUGUCUCAGGCCACCAACGGUAAUUGGCCAAUUCCAUACUCUUUUCUUUGGCUCAGUCCGCAUGUUUUUCCUUGGCGUUUUGGGCUUUGCUGUUUAUGGAAAUGAGGCCUUGCAUUUCAGCUGUGACCCAGACAAGAGAGAGGUUAAUCUUUUCUGUUACAACCAGUUCAGGCCUAUAACUCCUCAGGUAUUCUGGGCGUUACAGCUGGUGAUUGUGCUGGUACCCGGAGCCUUUUUUCACCUUUAUGCUGCGUGUAAGAGCAUCAAACAAGAAGAUAUCCUCCAAAAGUCAUUCUACAGCAGUUUUUAUGUCUUCUCUGUUUUCUUAAGGGUUAUCCUUGAAGCUGUGGCUUUUUGGCUUCAGAUUCAGCUCUUUGGUUUCAAAGUGAAUGCAAUCUACAUGUGUGAUAUGGGAGCAUUUGAAAAAAAGUUUAACAUUACCCGGUGCAUGGUGCCAGAGCACUUCGAAAAGACAAUUUUUCUUAUUGCGAUGUACACAUUUACUGUGAUUACAGUGGUCUUGUGUGUUGCCGAAAUUUUUGAGAUCUCAUGUAGAAGGCUAGGUUUCUUAAAAACUCAAUGAUGUCAAUCACUCCUAGUAAUUUACCACCCUGCCCACCUGCAGUUUUAUAACAAUGAUUGCAGAAGAGAACUGCACUCAUGAUUACCGCUGCAGGGUAGUAUCAAAAGAAAAUCUUGAAGAAAAGCCUUUUCUGGGUCCAGUCAUGCCUUGAUUUCAGUGAGAGUUUUGCUUGUGUGUGACUGCGGAAUUGGGCCCACAGAAUUUUUUGCUGUGUGUGUCACAUCUAACUUCUGAUUGCUCUGACUAAAGUUGCUAGAAUAACAGUUAAAAAGAUGUCUGCAUACUAAAAUUAUUCCAUGCAAUAAGUGUAUUUGUAUAGGUUAGGUCUUGAACUUUAUAUAGAUAUCAGAUGUUUUUCUGUGCGACGGUUUCUUCUUAAGGACUAGCAGACAUCUUAAACUUAGAAAUUAUUUAAUUCUUUGUGCUGAAGUGAGGUAAUGGCAAAAAAAAAGAUUUCAGAACUGGAAAGAAAGGAGGAGGUAGUUUACUGUAUAAAAUAUGUACAAAUAGCAAUCAUAACAAUUAGCUUUUUUCCAUUUGUUUUUCAAUUCUCAUAAAUUUCUAGGAAAAAAAAAAAAAGGUGUCUUCCUCUUUCAGCAUUUUCUACAGCUACUAAAUUGAACAACUUCUGUUCCGAAUCUCAGUGAAAUGAGAGACUCAGACUCAUCACUCCUCUAACAGUGAUCCAGGAAUCAGCAAAGUCAAGAGGAAUCCAUCAGCAUCUUUGGACACAGUUUGAGGCCUCUAACACUAAAGGGAAGAACAUCUUUGCUUCUUGAAUUAAGUUUGGGUCCUUCCAGGAAUACUUGGAAAAUUCUAGAAAAAUUACUACAAAAUCUUUUAGCACCAACCACUAGUUAAGCCAUCCCAAACAAGGCUGAGUUAUAGGAACUUUGUAAUCCUUACCCAAAAAAGCAGUCCUCAUGACAUAAAUGGAGCUGCAUGACUUAGGUGUCUUGGAUUUGAUUGAUUCUGGGCCAUUUAAAUCAAAGUGGGUCAUAACUAGAUGUGUGAUUUUUUUAAUAUGCCAAUCAAGAAGAAAAUUAUAAAUUUCAAUACAUUCACUGUAUUAAAGCAUUAAUGUUGUGUUAUUUUUUCCCUGCAGAAUAUGUUAUGUUGUCUUAAACCUAUGUCCAGUCAAUACUAUCAGAUUUGUGCAAUAUUAAACUAGUUAUUUGGUAUUUGCAAGCAUUACAAAUGGAAUAAGAAUCACUGUGCUAACUUCUUGGUUGCAUAACAUGCCAUGUACUUUGCCUAAUAAAUGCUUAAUUUUCUGUUGUAUACAUCAGUAUGUAGAUGUAGUGUUGAGGGACAUGGUCCAGUGGUAACUUGGCAGUGUUAAUUGGACUUGAUGAUCUUAAAGGUCUCUUCCAACCAAAACAAUUCUAGAAUUCUAUGCUCUAUCUGGAAUUAUUCUUUGCAAUUUAAACUUCUAAAUCUCAGGUAAA